AAGUCCAUAGCCUAUUUACCCAAGUUAGAAAUAGGGGCCUGUGGAAACAUGAAGAGGGUAAACAGCUGUGUGAAGAGUGAUGAGCAUGUCCUGGAGGAGUUGGAAACAGAAGGGGAGAGGCAGCUGAAAAGCCUCCUUCAGCAUCAACUUGAUACCUCUGUCUCCAUUGAGGAAUGUAUGUCUAAAAAAGAGAGCUUUGCUCCUGGUACUAUGUACAAGCCCUUUGGGAAGGAAGCAGCUGGGACUUUGACUUUAUCCCAGUUCCAGACACUGCAUGAGAAGGAUCAGGAAACUGCUUCUCUCAGGGAACUAGGGCUCAAUGAAACAGAAAUCUUGAUCUGGAAGAGCCAUGUUACAGGUGAAAAGAGGACAAGACUGAGGGCAACCCCUGAAGCAAUACAGAAGCGUCUUCAAGAUAUUGAAGAAAGGAUCUCAGAGCGUCAGCGCAUCCUUUGCCUGCCACAGAGAUUUGCAAAGAGCAAACAGUUGACCCGGCGAGAAAUGGAAAUAGAAAAGUCUUUAUUUCAGGGUGCUGACCGCCAUUCCUUCCUUAAGGCUCUUUAUUACCAAGAUGAACCCCAAAAGAAGAACAAAGGUGAUCCCAUGAACAACCUGGAAAAUUUUUACCAAGAGAUGAUAAUGAAAAAACGUCUUGAAGAGUUCCAAGUUAUGAGAGGUGAACCCUUUGCUUCCCACUCACUGGUCUCAGCUACAUCAGUGGGUGAUAGUGGCACAGCUGAGAACCCGUCAUUACUCCAGGACAAGGGAAAACAGGCAGCACAGGGUAAAGGUCCCAGUCUCCAUGUGGCAAAAGUUAUUGAUAAUUCACCUGAGCAGUGUUGGACUGGGCCUAAGAAGCUGACGCAGCCAAUAGAAUUUGUCCCUGAAGAUGAGAUCCAGAGAAAUCGUUUGUCAGAGGAAGAGAUCCGAAAAAUUCCUAUGUUUUCUUCAUAUAAUCCAGGGGAACCAAACAAGGUGUUAUACCUGAAGAACCUUAGCCCUCGGGUGACCGAAAGAGAUCUUGUCUCAUUGUUCGCCCGGUUCCAGGAGAAAAAAGGACCUCCUGUUCAAUUCAGAAUGAUGACUGGACGAAUGAGGGGACAGGCUUUUAUCACCUUCCCCAAUAAGGAGAAAGCACUGCAAGCAUUGCACCUAGUAAAUGGAUAUAAACUACAUGGGAAAAUAAUGGUGAUCGAAUUUGGAAAGAAUAAAAAGCAAAGAUCAAAUUUCCAGGAUACUUCCCUUGUAUCAUCUGCUACCAGUAACACCCCAGAAAUCAGUGGUAGCUAGGAAAUGUAUAGAGCAUAUGUCCUGGGAGAUCUUUCUUGCACUAGAACUAUGGGUCUAGGAUUUGUGUAUGGAUUGCAAUUUUGUUUGGAAUUAAGGAGGAGAAGCAAAGUGGGAGAGAGUUAAAUCUAAUUAAGACAAUGCAUUUCAGCUUUUGUAAAGAAUUGGUAGAAAACAUUUUCUAUAAUCAAAGGCUAUAUAGGACAGACAAUAUGCUGAGUAUGCAGGGUAGGCCACAAAUAAUAUACUUUCUCAGGACAAAUUACAAAGGAUUUUUUAAUGGAUUUUUUGUUAGUGCUAAAUUAAUUUAUAUGGGAUCUUAAGUAUUUAUCCCUAGAGAUAAAAUUCCUUUCAAGACUGCCUCCUAUAUACAGAAGUAAAAAACAAAUGGUGAACUAUUCACUAGAAUCCAUUUGUCCCUAAUUUUACCCACCUGUAAAUAAAUGAGUAGUAUCCCAGUCUUAAACAUCAACAGAUACUGUUAAAUAGAAACUAUCAACAGUAAUAAUAGGUUGUUUCAUAAGUCAGUUCACAUAUUUAAUGAACGCUGCCCUAUAAUGUGUCUUCAAAAAGCUAUAUAUUUUUCUAACGAAAGCUUUUAGGUCAAAAUAUUGAUUUUCUCAUGAUCUUUGAAGCUAGUUACCAUUGAGUAACCAUUAAUUCAAAGCAAUAAACAUUGAUUAAGUCUCUAAUAUAUUUUAGGUAUUAGGUAUAUGAAUUUUAAAAGAGAAAAUGCUAGCAAAGUAAAUACUAAAUGAGGAUAUGAAGAAAGAAUUAUCUGUAAAGCAGGUAGCCAUCCCCAAAUCCCCCAGUUAUAGUUUGUAGUUUCUGGAGAGACUAGAAGGACACUUAGCAGUACUAUAGAGGUCAUAGAAUGAUCUUUGGAGCAGACCAUUGUUUAAACGGAACAGUCACACUUACCAUUCUGGAAUCUUGGCAAGUCACUUCAUGUGACCUCACUUUUCUCAUCUAUUAAGUAUAGUAAUACAAUGUACUUGUUGAGUUUUAAGGAUAACAUGAAAAAGUAUCUAGGCUAAAGGACAUAAAAAGAAUGAAGAAAAUUAAACAGUGAUAGGAUACUUAAACCCUACAACAUACUUGUAAUGGUGUACCAGGAAAAGAAAAAAGAGCAGCAAUAAAUAAUGGCUAUAAACAUCCCAACUUGAUAAAAAAACAUUAAUCUACACAUUGAAGGAUUUCAAUGAAUCCCAAGUAGGAUAAACAUAUAAAAAGGCUAAAACCCAAAGACAAAGAGAAACUUUUGAAAACAACUCAUUUUAAAAGUGCUCAAAGAAAAAGCUUUCAGUAUAGAAACCCAUAACCAAUGAAGCUGAUUUUCAAGAAUGAAGAUGAAAUAAAGACAUUCCCACAUAAUCAAAAACAGAGAAUUUGUUGCCAAUAUACCUGACUUACAGGAAAUAGUAAAGAAAAUUCUUUGGGUGAAAAACAAAUAACUUGAAACAGCAAUUUGAAUCUACAUAAAAAAAAAAAAGAUGAGUAAAGGUAACCUUAUAAUGAUGAAAGACAGUCUUAAUUGCACUUUUUUCUUUUAAAUGAUUUUUAAAAUUUACAAAGCAAUAUGUAUAUAGUUGCAUUGUGGGACCUCUAACAUAAAACUGUAAUAUAUAUGUCAUUAAUAGGACAAAGGAGAUCGGUAGAAACAAAACGCUAUUGACCUGCAGUGACUGCAAAUGGUAACUCAAAUCCACAGAAACAAAUGAAGUAAGCAAGAAACGGGAAAUAACAAGUUUAAGGGACAAGAAGUACGCUGUCCUGUUACAACCUCCUGCACAUGGACAUAAUUUUAAGCUGGAGUUUUCAGAAGAAACGUCUUCCUAUUGGGUGGGAAAAUCUCACCUCUGCCCUUUACUGGACCUAGAGACUACUAACAAUGGAGAAAAGUAAAAAUGGAAAAUGUCCCUCUACUGGUGCAUUGGAUAAACUGGUUGAUCCAUACAAUGGAUCCUGUUCAGCAAUAAAAACUAUAAUGAACUGUGAUACUUAUAAUGACUCUUAAAUGCAUUUUGCUAUGUAAAAGAAGUCAAAUUCAAAAGAUACUUACUGUUUGAUUCCACUGAUAUAAUGUGGAAAAGGUAAACCUGGAGACAGGAUAAAUGAGGAUGUCAAAAGUUAAAAGUGGAAGACUGAUUACAAAAUAGCACAUGAGAUCUUUUAAUAAUGGAAAAUUUUGUGUAUUGAUUGUAGUUACAUGAGUGUAUGCAUUUGCCAAAACUAGAAUUGUACA